AGGCUCAGGCUAGUUACGUCGCAGGGUUCCCCGUACCCCUCCCGCUCCCCCCGGGCCCACCCGUCCGGCUGGACUAGGACGCAAGGGCUGAGUCGCAUGGACUCGCACGCCCCCCCCCUCUUUUUGGGACGACCCCCGUCAGGAUGUGGAACUGGCCGCUGGCUCCUCUUUUACGACGAGCCGGAAAUCAAGUGCUGAGAGAGAUGCCCUCGCACACCAGGCCUUUGACAAUGAUUGAGGGCAUGCCCUCGACACAUAUUUUUUGGUGGGGAGCUCGGCUCCGACCCAGCCCAGACGACCCUUGACAAUAACUCGUCGGAACGGAACUAAUGGGUUCAAUGGAUGCCCCGGCGAUUCGGAGGGCCUACGAAAGCUCGGCCGGCCCGACGAAGGUUGCGAGGGGCGGCAUGCCGCCGUCCCCGACGCCUCCUAGGUCGAGACCGACGAGUAGUUCCGCGAGCUCCGUAGGGUCGGUCCGGUCGCAGGCAAAUGAGGCUCGCCGCCAUGCCGGCGGCAAAACUUCAGGAAACGGGCCGGAUACCACCGAACGCGCACCACUCGAUGCCCGAGGAUGGGUGCCGUCCGUGUUCCGGGCUCGACCCGCCAUCAAGAUGCAAGAAUGUCUCUUGUCUUUGUUUCGGGCUCGGACUGGCCGCCGGCGCCGGCGAGGUUCAACGCGCCGCGAGGAGGCCUGCGCGCAGCGGGUAUAUGCAACCAAUUCGUUGCCGCGCAAGUCGAAGAAACCGAGCCGUGGAGCACCGCCGGCCUGUGGCCCGGCCGCCGCGACUCGGUGGACGCCGGGGGAGGGUCGCGGGCGGCGGAAACGCGCGCCGCCGGCGAAAACUGGCUCCGAUGAGCCUAGGUGCACUUAGGCCUCUCACAACGCACGCAGCGCCUCCGGGGCUGCGCCAAGCGGCACAGAUGCAUCAGAGUACACGAGGAACGCAACAAAGCGGAUCCGACGUCCAGCGCUCGCGCAGGGGACUCGCGUAGGCAUUCUAGUAUUCUAGUCUAGAGGCAGGGGCUGCCCACGGCCUAUUUAAUUAUUGCCCAGAUGGGGCCGGUGUUCUUUACGCUGGCGGCGGCUGCCGCAGCGGCGCCGUCGCCCGCCUGCCCGGCCGUUGCGCCGGCCUACCACGCCGCAACAACCUGCGGUGCAGGCGUGAGCGGCGUCGUCCGAAUUCCGGCGGUGCGCAAGGGCCUGAACAACCAGCGGAUGCGCAUCGUCCAGGACGCGGUUAUCGCGGCGCUGCUCGGCGCGGCUGUCGAGCUGCCUUCCUUUCUCCGAACGCGGCGGCGGUGCGGCUACCGCGCAGGCUGCUACCAGGACUACGAAGGCACGGUCCCGUUCGACGCCGUCUACGAUCGUGAGAGGGUGGUAGAGGGCCUCCGAAGGGCGGGCGUCUGCGUCGUCGACACGCGCAGCGAGGGGCGCGCGCCGGAGCUCGCCGGCGCGCUCUGGCCGACGACCGCGUCGCAGCUCGGGCCCGGCGGCGACGUCGCGCGGCGCUACGACCUUCGGGGCGGCGUCUGGUCGCUGGGCGGCGAGGAGGACUGCUGCACCAAGCUCGUGGUUGACACGCGCCGGAGCCUCGACCUCCUGACGAGCGUCAACGCGGCGUUUUCAUCGGCGCGGCGCAUCCGUCGCGCCGCGCACGAGGUCUCACGGCGCCUCGCGGCGGCGACCGGGCGCGCGAAGGAGCACGCGGCCGUCGCGAUCCACUGGCGCGCGGACGAGGACUUUGUGCGGAGCGCGCAUGGCCUCGACGCGCGCGCGUACGCGCGCGCUGCGUGCACGGCGCUGGCUGGUGUCGCGCGCGGUCGGUCGUCGUUGAAGACGCUCGACGUCUUCGUCUUGGGCGAGGCGGACCGCGCGCGCAUCAGGGCAAUCGACGCCGACCUUCGGAAGCAUCGAAGCUGCCCGCGCUUUAGCCUGCACGCCAAGGCGACGUUGGGGAACGUCGAUGAGGCGCUGGCAUCCGGGCCCGACGGCGGCGACGACGUCAAGGGCCAGGUCGACUUCGAGCUCGGUCUCCGCGCCGCCGUGUUCGUCGGCACGCAGUUUUCGUCUUUCUCGGCGCUCGUCGCGCUCGCGCGACGCGCCGAGGGCCGCGAUUCGCUCAUGCUCGACGUCGACGUCGCCGACCGGCUCGGCCUGAUCUUCGCGCUCACGUUCCCCCACGACGCGCGGCGUCGGACGGACGCGGCGCUUUCCAGGCUGUGCCGCGACGUCGUUGCGGCGCACGCCGCCUUCGGCGCGGGGCUGGCCGCGUGCCUACCACCACCACGCGCGGGCUCGAGCCUUGCGGUUCACAGCUUCGGACAUUGCGAGGACUGCUCGCACCUCAUGCCGAGCGUCUGCCUCGACCUCGACAAAGCGGACGCGCGGCACGCGGCGUUUGUUGAAUCAACGCAAAUCCAGGCGGUCGUGUCGCGCGGCUUCCGGCGGAUCUCGUGCGCGCGCGUGGUUCAAGUCGUCGCCGAGCGCGGCGUGCACCGGAAUCCAACGACCGGGGAGAUCUACGUCGUCGAGGACAUCACGGACACGGGGGAGCUGAGAUCGUCGCUGAGGGCGUCGCUGAGGGCGAAACUGGGCAACACGCCAGGCGACGGCGCGCGGGACGGCGAGUGCUCGGGAAGCCUCUCAUUUUCGUCGAUCAACCCGCCGCUCGACGCGCCGGCGGCCGCGGGCGGGCGGCGCUGCACGCUUGCCGUCGUCACGGCGCUCUUUGGUUCUAUCGACUCGCUGGAGCACCUUAAAACGCUGGAACCCAAGCACGCGCGGCUGCUAGAAUUCGAGAAUAGGCUGGGCGCGGCGAGCUGCUGGAUCGCACUCGUCGACUUCGCGGCGGCUCGCCGCAUCGCCGCGAUGCACGGCGCCCGGCGGUGCCACAGCGUUGACCACGGACCGUGGCGCGUCGUGCGUGUCCCGAAGGCACUUCAACCGUUCGCGACGGCCGCCCAGAACACCCGCAUUCCGAAGAUGCUCGCGCACCGCUUCGUCCCGAACGCGCGGUAUCUGCUCUACUUCGACGCCAAGCUUCACCCGAGCACGCUCGAGUGGACGUGGCGCCUGCUGCACGACGAGCUGCUCGCUCGCGGUUCCGCGUGGACGUCGCCGCGGCACCCGGCUCGCGGGACGCCGCACGAAGAGGCGCGGUGCGUCCACUUGCUGGGCCUUGCUUCGGAUGCCGCGCUGAGCCAGCUCCGCGCGUACGCUGCGGCGGGCCUGCCGCGCGACGCGCCGCUGGCUGAGGGCGAAUGGCACCUCCGCGACCUCUACCGGAACGAGAGUUCGGCGCUCGGCUGCGCCUGGUUUGACGAAUACCGCCGCUGGGGACACCGCCGCGACCAGCUCGCCUUUCCCUACGCCUCCUGGACGCUGCGGGGCCCCGACGAGCAGGAGGCGACGGCGACGAGCGCCGUCUUCCUCGCCGAGGCAGACGCCGGCGCACAAUUUGCGCACAUCACGCGCUCGCGGCGGUACGAACGAUCGCGCAAAAAUUCGGCCUUGUGCGCCCUCGCCUCCAGGCGGCACGGCGACGAGGUUAUGGCCUACAUCCGCCGCGGCGGAGAUCGACCGAGUGUCUUCUCGCGAGCACGCGGAGUCGCGGGCAUCGCAGCCGGCCUCGCGUGCGCGCUCCUCGUGCGAAGCCGAAAGCGGGCGCGGCGCUCAAUGCAAUAAGAAAAGUCUUAGUUCAA